AUGCUGCUAGACUUGGUUAGAGGAAGUUCUUUCUGUCUGAUUCAAGCUGCCAUGCAACCCUUAGUUACUUUAGCAUUUAAAAGAUCUCUUCUUCCACCUAAGAAGGAUCAAAUACUCCGACGAGCUUACUCCGACGCCGCUGCCGAAGCAGCGGGUAACAAAAAUGUCGAAACCAGACGAGCAGAGUGCGAAUGCUGUGGAAUGAAGGAGGAAUACACGCCGGCUUACAUCGCCGGAGUCCAGGAAUUGUUCUGCGGGAGCUGGGUCUGUGGCCUCUGCGCCGAGGCCGUCAAGGAAAACAUGAAAAGGCUGCCUCCGUCUCCGGCGUCGGCCGAACUCCGGCGGGCACUGGACUCUCACAUGGAAUUUUGUAAGAAGUUCAACGGGACAACAAGGCUUAAUCCCAAGCUGUCCUUUGCCGGAGCCAUGAGAGAGAUAGCGAGGAAAAGCUCGCUGCAUCGGAGCUCCGGCGGCAGAGGUGGCGGCGGGAUUGCUAGGACUAGGAGUUGUGGGCCAUUUAUGGAUGUUAAAUUUGACUCAAACGUCUAG